AUGUUCGAAGGCCUCUCGGUGCAGCGGAAGGGCCUCCUCUUCGUCACUGCUCUUGUUAUCGUCUUCAUGCAAGGAGGUCUCUGGGCCGCGCACAGGCAGAACGCGGUCAGCUUUUCCGACACCGCCCUCGUCUCUGCUACUUCUCGCUAUCUUGGCAUUUGGAACGCGCGACCAACAAUCAAGGAGCAUCCAAUCCCGAACCUUAUGCUCGAGGCCGAGAACAAAUACCGCAACCUCUUGCAACGGCAAAGCACGACUCUAGAGGCCGCAAUAAAAGAAUACCAGCGGCGGUACGGCAGGAAACCGCCGCGCGGGUUCGACGACUGGUGGCGAUUCGCGAAGAACAACAGCGUUCUCAUGAUUGACGACUAUGACAACAUCAACGAGGACCUCGCUCCGUUUUGGAACAUCACGGGCGAGCAGCUACAGUGGAGGGCGGUUCUGGCUGGUCACUUGCCUUCAGUCGACCUCGUACGCGUGCGAGACGGCCAAGGGUCAGCGGUGAACGUGGUGGAGGGGCACGACAGCCCGCACGUGAGUGCGCGUGCGAGCGGGUUUCUGUCCAUUCUAGGAGCUUUCAUUGACAAGCUUCCUGACAUGGACUUCCCUGUCAACGCCAUGUCGGAAGGCCGUAUUCUACUCCCCUAUGAGCUGCGACAACCGUCAAACUUCACAGAACAACUCAACACCGAGGCUGUUCGCGCCGAGUUCGACGGCGGUCUCCUUCCCGACUGGCACGGACAGGGAAAUGUGUGGGAAGCGUUCCGUCGAACAUGCACCCCAGGUACUGCUGCGCGCCGACUAUUCAGCUCCUAUCGCGCUCUUUCUACCACCAAAACGAGUAACCUCGUCGCACGGAAUCAGGAGUUCGUUUUCGACAGCGGUGUGGUAGGCCAAUACCCCUUCUGCGACAACCCAUGGGCGCAUUACAUGCAGGGCCACUUUUUCUCCGACUGGCGAACCAUCGCCGCCCUCUUCCCUGUCUUUUCGCCAGCUAAGGCACCUGGCUACGGGGACAUCCGGAUACCGAGCCACUACUACUAUGCUCAGACGCGGCGAUACACGUACGGCUGGGACCCCGUGCAACUAGAGCUCAAAGAUGUCGAUGGGAUGGAGGCCGCAUGGGAGGACAAGAGCGAUAAAAUCUUUUGGCGGGGCGCCUCAACAGGCGGGGGCAGCUCCCCACCUGGCUUUGCUGCGCAGCAUCAGCGUCACAGGUUCGUGCGCCUUGCAAGUGACCAGUCGUCUACAAACCGCACCGUCGUGUUCGCUGAUCCGCCAGGGUCAACACAUUACGUCUAUGCCGAUGUGCCUGCCUCGGUGCUCAACGAGAAGAUCAUGGACGUCGCUUUCCUUAAGGUUGUUGGCGCGGAGAAUUUUGUUGGGGGUUUCGACGAGCUCAUCCGCACGCACCGUGUCGACGCGAGCGGUGCAAGCCUCGGAGAUCACUGGCAGCACAAGUACGUGGUGGAUCUCGAUGGGAUGAGCUACUCUGGGAGGUUCUUCUCCUUCCUGGAGUCGGACAGUGCUGUUCUCAAGGCCACCGUCUACCGGGAGUUUUUCUCAGACUGGAUACAGCCGUGGCUGCACUAUAUCCCACUGUCCCAGUCGUACGCCGAGAUCUACAACAUCCACGCGUUCUUCUCGGGUGCUACGGAGGCGGCGCUCGAGGUGGCGAACGCAACCGCGCUCCACCUCCCGCCAGAGCAACGUAAAGCGGUCGACGGCGACCGAAGACUGCGGAGGAUCGCACGUGCUGGGAAGCAGUGGAAACGCACGAUGGGUCGACGCGUCGAUAUGGAGGCGUACGUGUACCGGCUGUGCUUGGAGUACGCCCGACUGUGGUCAGAGGACCGCGAUGCUAUGAGCUUCAGUCUAUGA